CGCUGAGUUCAGAGCAACUUUCCUCCCGGCGGGGGAAGCAGCCCGCAGCUCUCCCGCGGCCAAAGCCGCCGGGGAGGUUUUGGCGGCCCAGAAGGGGCCUCCACCCGCCGCGCUCCCCCCGCGCCGCCGCCCGGGGGGCGGCCACGUAGCCGCGGUCUCCGCGCCGCCUCCGCCGAGCACCCCCUGCUCCGCGGGUCGGCGGCCGAGACGGGCCGGGGAGCCGCGGCGCCUCCGCCUCUCCCCGCCCCGCUUCCCUCCCCUGGCGUCCGGGCCGGGCCGGAGGAGCGGGGCCGGGCGGGCCGGAGCCCGCGGGCGCGCAGCGGGGCCGGGUGGCGGCGGCGGCGCUUCCCCGUCCGUGGGGCCCCGAGUUGCCGCUUGCCGCAGCGGGGCCGCCGCCGCCGCUUCCGAGGCUCCGCCGAGCGGAGCGGGGCCGCCCGGGGAGGGCGCGGGAGGAGCCGAGCGGAGCGGCGGCAGGACGGGCCGGGCCGGGGCCGGCGCGAUGAAGAAGCCGGACGGGAAGGUGGUGCUGCUGGGGGACAUGAACGUGGGCAAGACCUCCCUGCUGCACCGCUACAUGGAGAGGCGCUUCCAGGACACGGUCAGCACCGUCGGCGGCGCCUUCUACCUCAAGCAGUGGGGGCCCUACAACAUCUCCAUCUGGGACACGGCAGGACGGGAGCAGUUCCAUGGCCUUGGCUCUAUGUACUGCCGAGGAGCAGCUGCCGUGAUCCUCACGUACGAUGUAAACAGCCUCCAGAGCCUGACAGAGCUGGAAGACAGGUUCUUGGCACUGACAGACACUGCAAGUGCUGACUGCAUUUUUGCUAUUGUUGGAAAUAAAGUUGACCUCACCGACGACUGUGCUUUAUCACCCGAAACAGAGGAUGAAAAUAGACCUGAAAAGUCCCUUGCCGGCUGUGGCUCCACCAAGGUGCGAAAACAAGUCCGUGCGGAGGAUGCGAUUGCGCUCUAUAAAAAGAUCCUGAAAUAUAAAAUGCUGGAUGAGAAGGAUGUUCCAGCAGCUGAGAAAAUGUGCUUUGAGACCAGUGCAAAAACGGGAUAUAAGGUGGACUACCUCUUUGAAACUGUCUUUGAGAUGGUCGUACCAAUAAUUGUACGGCAGAAGGCUGAGGGACCACCGCAAACUGUAGACAUCACUGAUUACAAACCAGCAAAAAGGACAAAAUCUGGUUGCUGUGCCUGAGUGAGUUAUAUGGUUUAGGAAAAGGGAGGGACUGUUCACCGUAGCAUCUGAAGAGUAGGAAGUGCUUAGAGUUCACCAGAGAAGAGGGACUAAAAUGGUGUAUGAAGAAAAACCAAAUCUUCUGAAUGUUAAAGGUUGCUGGGAAACUCUGCUUAUGAGAAUGAGUGAAAUUAUGGAACGAGACUUGCCAGUUUCAAAGGGCUCUGAGGACACAGUGCGUGUUAGUACAAUUGGUAGUGACAAUCAUUUGAACAGUCUUGAAGGAGUCUUAGUUUUAAUGGCUCACCAUUUAAUGUUGCAUGUAAACUAUCUGUUUAUGUACCGUACACUCCUUUCACAUGACUAUCAUCUUUUUCCUUGUGAUCCUAACUUUGGAAAAUUGAAUACAUGGUAGUUUUUUAUUCUCAAAAAAAGAAAAUCCUGGUAUAAUUUAUAUUUGUAGCUAAUAAAGAAAUUACAGUCUUUUAAUGUCAGCUAUGACAGUGUAAGAUUCAGAAGCUGUACUAUUAAAAUCACUGUGGAUAUGGA